AACAAAUGGUUUUUGGAAGGUGCUUUGUAGGAAGAGUGUUCUUGAUUGCGAUCUCUAUUAUUUAUUUACCUCUAGAAACAAUAUUUGUGCAACUUGGUUAAAUAUUUAAACAUUAAUACUGAAAUUGUAAAUUUUUAAUCAAAUGCCUGAAAUCAAUGCCAAAAUCGUAAUUUGCGAUAUCGAAGGAACAACAACUUCAAUUAGUUUUGUUAAGGAUGUUCUCUUUCCCUACGCAAAACUUCACCUAAAAGACUUUCUACAAACACAUUGGAAUGAAGACGUUACCAAGCAGAUAGUUGCUGAUUUAAUUAAUUUACCAGAAUACAAAGACUUCGAAACUAAACCACUCAACCAAACCAAGGAUGGUCUUUCCCCUGAGUCAGUUGCAGAGUUUGCAGAAUAUCUAAUGGAAAAAGACUUAAAGCUAGGGCCAUUGAAAACUUUACAGGGUCUCAUCUGGAAUCGUGCAUAUAUCGAUAAGACCAUCAAAGGGCACAUCUAUGAAGAUGUCCCUAAUGCUUUUGAAAGGUGGACCAAAGAUGGUAUUAAAAUUUGCAUUUAUUCAAGUGGCAGUGUUAUGGCACAAAAAAUGCUUUUUGGAUAUUCUGAUUUUGGCGAUUUGAUGCCAUUUUUAACCGAUUAUUUUGACACUGCAAUUGGCAAUAAAAGGGAAUCGAAAUCUUACACCAAAAUUGUACAACAGUUGGGUACUCAAAGUGACAACAUAUUGUUUUUAACAGAUAUCACCGCAGAAGGAGAAGCUGCUGCAGAAGCUGGAUUGCAAGUUAUAAUUUUAAAAAGGCCUGGGAAUGCACCACUUACUGCUGAGGAACUAAAAAAAUAUGUUGUAGUUGAGAAUUUUGACGAAAUUAAAAUAAAAAACACUUGUAAAGUUUAAAGAAAUA